AUGUUAUCAACUGGGCAAACUAAAACUAAAAAACCUAUUUGUCGUUCAAAAUCAUGGAAGAAUGAAAAACAUUGUAAACUAUUUGAUGAACAUGAUAAAAAUAAUCAUGAAAUUGUACAAAUAUCUAAAAGAACUUCAAAAUCUGUUACGAUCUUACCAUAUCGAUCAAAAAAUUCACAAUAUAAUGAUAUACAAUAUCAAUCAAAUUUACAUUGUAUUGAUCAUAUAAAACAAAAUUUUCAUAAUGAUCUACAUUCAUCAGAAUCUAUUUCACCGAUUUCAACAUUAACUUCUAUAACACCUAUUACAUCACCUUUAUAUUGUUCAAAAUUUCGUAAUCAUAAAUUAUUUACAUGUGAAAAAAUAGAAGGUGAAAAUUUAUCAUCAACAUCAUUAUCAUCAUCAACAACAACAACACCUCCACCUCCGCCGCCACCACCACCGUUAUCAAAAUCAUAUUCAUCUAAUGGACAUUUUUUUACACCAAAUCAAAUAUUAUGCAAUAAUGAACAUCUUAAUUUAUCAGUAAAAGAUAAUUUUCAAAUAGAUUCUUCAAAUGGUAUUAUUAGUAAUAAUGAAUGUGCAGGAAAUUCAUCAUUCAUCCACAAUAUUAAAUCAAUCUUUAAUCGGUUUGUUGACAACUUACGUAACAGGAAUAAUCUUAGUCUUAGUAAUAGUAUCAGUAAUAGUAACAACAGCGUUAAUAAUAAUAAUAAUAAUAGUAAUAAUAAUGAUAAAAGUAAUAUCUCGAAUACAGUUAAAAUUAAUACAAACGGUGAUAAAAUAUCAACAGUAAAAUCGAACAGAUUAAAGAUAUCAUGGUUGACAAAAUCCAUUGCUCAAGAGCAAAAUCUUGUCCAACAAGUGUAUACACCAACUUCAACUUCCAUUACCGAUGAUGUUUCUAAUGAUAUGACUGAUGUUAAUUGUUCUGAUGUAAUUGGAAAACAUAAAAAAUUUAAUUCUUAUAACAGAUCAAAAGAAGAUCAAAUUUCGGACAGUAUAAACAUGCAUGAUCAAAAUAAUGAAUUAUGCAAUAAACUAAACCUUAACACUGAUAAUAUAAACGAAUUAAAUAAAUCUGAACCUACUACACAAACUCAAUAUAGAAAUACAACUAAAGAUAUAAUUCAAUCUAAAGAGAACAAACCAGGACAACCAUAUAGUAUAUCAUAUUUUACAAAUCAUUCUAGUUGUUUUUAUCCUAUUCAUGAAUUGAAUCAGUCGAAAAUCUAUUAUAACAAUAAUAAUAAUAAUAAUAAUCAAUUUUAUCCAUAUAAUUCAAAUUGUAAACAUGAUCAUAAUCAUCCUCAUAAUGAAAACAGUCGAUUCACAGAUAUUUCAUAUCAUUCCAAUCAAUUAAAGUCUAAUAUUAAAAUGAACAAUAAACUACCUUAUAGAAGUAAUACAUUUCAUAUAAAAUCAUCAAAUAAUAAUCAUAAUAAUAAUAAUUCAAUUCAAUUAAAACAUACUACUUAUUCUCAUCAUCAUUAUGCUAAACAUUGUUCAUCAUCAUUAACUUCACAUUCUAUACCAGUUAAUCGAAUGUAUCAUUCAACUCCACCAUUUACAUUGAAACAUUUAUCAACUAUACGAAAUAUGUAUGAACAAAAUGAAUAUUCUACAAAAAUUGAUAAUAAAAAUUAUAUUAAUAAUAAUAAUAAUAAUAAUAAUAAUAAUAAUAAUAAUAAUGAUAUAUCUAAUAUCGAAAAUCAAUCUGAAUCAAAUUUAUCAUCACCAUCAUCAUCAUCACAAUUAUCACCAUGUGAUCGUCCACGUUUUUAUAGUAGUAAUAUGAUUUUAUUAAAACCGCCAAAUCAUCAUCCAUGUAUGAAAUUAAAAUAUAUUACAGAACAAAUUCUAUUAGCUAAAUCAGUAUUUGAUGAAAAUCAUUAUAAAAAACGAUCAAAUUCUUGGUCAGUUCAUCGUGGUGUUAAUCUAAAGUCUUACAAAUGUGAAAGAUCGAGUAAUUUGGAAAGUGAAGAUGAUUUUAGCACAGAUGGAACUGGAAGACCAUCGGAAUGUGAAUUCAAUAUCCCAUUUAAUGAUAUAAAAUUACUUAGAUGUUUACAAAAAGGUAAACGUAAAGCAAUUUAUAAAGGUCAAUGGCAUGGUGAUGUUGAUGUACAUAUUUUUGAAGAUUUGAGUCGUACAGAAAGAAAACGAUUUUGGCAAGAUAUUACACGACUUAUGAUGACUAGACAUGAAAAUAUUGCUUUAUUUAUGGGUGUAUGUGUUGAUCCACCUAAUUUUGCCAUUGUAACUAGUGCAUGUAAAGGUAUAUCAUUAUACACUAAACUACAUAUAAAACGUGAAAAAUUAUCUCAUACAAAUCAAUUAUAUUUAUUACGUCAAAUAGCUAAUGCUAUCACUUAUUUACAUAGUCGAAAUAAUCCUAUUGUAGUACGUCGUUUAUCUAGUAAAAAUAUUUUUUUAAAACCUAAAAUGAAUUUGUAUUUAACAGAUUAUUCAAUGGUAGAUUGUGAUUAUCAAGUACCAGAUCAUAUUCCAAUUCCAUUAGAUGGUGUAAAAUAUAUAGCACCAGAAUUAUUAAUUGUUAUUGAAAAACAAUUAGAUAAAUUAUGUGAAAAUAAUAGUCAAUUCAUUAUGAAUAAAUCAAAAUUUAUUCAUUUACCCGAAUAUAAUUUUUAUCAUAAUAAAUUAUAUACACCAAUUCAUUUAAUAAAUAUACAUAAAUUAAAUCAAUAUAAUUCAUUCAAUAAUAAACAAUUUAUUAGAUCUCAUUCAAUUAAAUCAACAUUAAUGAAAUCCUCAUCAUUAUCAUCAUCCUCCUCCUCCUUAUCCUCAUCAUCAACAUCAUCAUCAAUAAUAUACAAUACACAAUAUAUGAAAUUAUUUAAAUCAUGGUCUAAUAUCAAUCAUGUAAUUGAUAAAUCAAAAUUAAUAAAAUCUAUAUCAUUACCAAAUAUUUAUUUAUCAGAACAAUUAAUUUAUGAUAAAAAUAAAAAUAAUAAAAAAUUAAUUCAAUUUAUUAAAUCGAAUAAAAUGAAUUUAAUUAAAACAAUUCGUCAAUUUAUAAAAAAAACAGAAAAAAAAAAUUUAUUGAUUAAAUGUGUACAUAUACCUGUUACAGAAUUUACUACUUAUUCGGAUAUAUUUGCAUUUGGGUAA